AUGGGCAUGAAUCUGAAAUCUCUAGUUGGCGCGAACACAUCAUGGCUCGACGUGACGCCUUCUAUGCAGGGGACGCCUGCAGCCAUGGCCGAGGGUGAUGAGAGGGGCUGCCAGCGUGACUUGAAGAAGUUUCUCAAAAAGGCACCCAAAAAUCUGGCAAAGCAUGUGCCGAGGGAGACACACGUCGUGCGCAUACCCGCGGCCGCCGAUGAUGGGUACUUCCGGCUCGUGCUAUGCGCUGGAGGCGGUGGUGACGGGAGCAAGAGGAAAGUUCUUUGCCCCAGCCCCGUCUUUCGCGUCGCGAGUACGUCCACGGAUAUGAGUGUUACCCGUGGGGCGAGUUUUGCUAGCAUGCCUCUGGAGCUCGGGAUCAAGGCCGGCUCUGUCGUUGCUACGACUGUCGUCAAUCGAUACAUCGGACCAGCUGCCGCUGUGGUACAGUCCAGGACGAAGAAGAUCUCGCAAGCAAAGUUUGUGACGAAGCACGCCGCGCAUAUCGCGUACGCGAAGUCGGGGAUAGAGAAGUCUGGCAUUAAGACGCAUGUUACGGCAUACGAGGAGCAGUAUGCCACCACAAGGGGUGGAGGAUACGAUGCCUGGCAGUCUGGCGAAGCUGGGUUCCAAGAAGCGCCUCCCGAAGUUAUUGGUCCCGAUUCUGGUCCUACCGAUCCAUUUCCAAUCAAGUUCGACGGGAAAGUUGUUCGCGGUACAGGAAGAGGAGGCAUGGAACUGGGCAUACCGACAGCGAACCUUGAGGGCAUACCAGAAGACGUGAGGAUGCGAAUGCGCGGCGUCUACUUCGGCUGGGCUAGGGUCGUUCCCCGAUCCGGAUUGGAACCGAUAUCGACAGACUGGCACGAGAGCAUUAUCACAGUCGGCCCCGCGCCGUAUGCCACACCACGUGUAGCCGCCAAGAACGUCGCCACGGUACACCUGAUCCAUGAGUUUGGCGGCGCUCUAUUUCUCGACACGAAGCUCAAGGUUCUCGUCAUGGGCCAGUUGCGGAUGGCUGCGCCUCCUGUUGCUGGUUCUGAAGCCGCGCUUGAGGCCUACGGGGCGGAUGUGUUACUCGCUGUGGCGAGUCUGAGUCGUGACAAUUGGUGUCCUAUCGAGACGCGGGAGAGGAUGAGGACUAUGCGGAGCGAGAUGAGCUUGGCUGAUCGGUACGUUGAGACGAGGGACAGAGUUCAGAAGCAAGUAGACCGUAUUCCGGUUCACUUAGCUGGAGUGAGAACGGAGGGUGCUGCCUUGAGAGACCGGGCGUACGGGAAUGGAGGAAUUUGGAUCCCGAGAUGA